AUGGGGUGGAUGAGUGGGCAGCAGACCGAGACUGCAGGCAUGCGUCGCUCAUCUUCUGUUGCUGAUGGUGCUGCCACUGUGCAGCAACAAACUGCUUCAGACAUGCGGGAGCCGACUGUGCAGUAUUCGUGCGUGAAAAUAGAAGCUACCAGCUCUGUUGAGCUUUCGUUUGCUGCAUGGAAUGAACCGGCACACAGUGCGCUGGCCAGUGUGGAGUUCAAAAGUGUGGAAGAUUGCAAAGCAGCCAACGGGUUCCAACAAGGAUUGGUCGAUGGCAGCCAGGUUCAAGCAGAUCCAAACACGAUGACACACAAUCGCGAGGGUGUGACAGGCAGGCAGGCAGCAGAGCAUUCCCAUCCACGGAGCAGGGAGGACCCCGCCUCACACAAGGAGCCGGCUUGUAGUCUACCUUCGAUCGACAAUUCAAAGGAAAACGAUCAUGGCUGUAUUUCUGGACAGGCAAGGCCUAGUGACAAGGAGCACAAUAUCAUAGUAAACACUCCCUUGGAAUGCCUGAGUUUGCAUGAGCACAGUCACAAGGCUUGCCUUAACGGGGAGACAGCCGUGGAGGUGGACCACACCCAGCGACCAGCUGUGAAAAUGGAGGCUGGGCUUGCAGGCGAGCCUGCCAAUGUUGCAAGGGAGGACUGUUCUGUACAGCAAAGCCAGGCAAAUGGACUUGAAGGGGGAGUUGAUGAAAGUCGAACACAGACGACACCUGAGGUGACGAUGGAAUGCCGCAUGGACACAGAUCAGAUGGCCGUUUGUGACGCUGCAAGUAGCCAAUGGGGGAGGAACAACAGUCAGUGCUGCAUUGCCAGUCCCAGCAGGGAGGCGGCCACGGGGGUGGACCAGGCCCAGCAACUGGCUGUGGAAGUGGAGGGUGAACUUGUAGGCGGGUCCCUCCCAAUUGCAGGACAGGACCGUUCUGCGCAGCAAAGCCACCAAAGCGGACUUGAAUUGGGGGUUAAUGGAAGUGAAGCACAGGCGACACCUGAGGCGCAGGCAGAGUGCAGCAUGUACAAAAAUCAGAUGGCCCUGCGCGAGGCUGCAAGUACCCAACAGAGAAGGGGCGAAGGUCAGUGCUGCAACACUAGUCCUGUAGGGAAGACAGAGAUUCAGUCACCAAGGGAAACAGUGUCCCCGGUAAAGAAGCCAGGACGCAGACCCAAAAGCCGACCCCGUGGAGGCGGGAACAGCAAGGCAAGGCAGAGCCUACUUUCAAGCAUGGAGCAGCCUGCAAGUCCAAGCGAGCCAAUGGAUCAGGACCAAACUGUUGAGCAUGUUGUAGCGGCUGGCGGGACUUCCGAAGCGCAAGUGGAUGCAGGUCAGCUGUCCCAGGACGCCAAGGGAGGCAGGGCCAGUGAAGGUCAAAAGGUGAUGAGCUUGGGCAAGACAGCUGUGGCAACAUCGCCAUUGAGGAAGAGAAAGCGCAAACGAAUACCGGACGAAGAAGGGCAAGCAGGGGUAGCCAAUCAGAAUGUGGCCAGCUUCAACUUUGCAGCUUGUUCAGUGGGGAGGGCUAGGAAGCCAUCCUUCCUGGCAAAGGAAGCUGAGGAAAAUCAACGAAAGGUUGAUAAAUUCUUUGGGAUAGCUGGUCGUGGUGGUGCUGCCACUGACAACUCCACAGAUGCUAAUGGCAACGGUGUAGUGGUUGCAGCUAAGGAUCCUGAAGAUGAUAACGAAAUGGUUGCCUUGAGGGACGCCAAGCAACGACUGACUUCAGGCAUCGAUGCAUUGCAACAACGCAUCAUGCACCACAGGGAAGAAUUGCAGCGCCUUGAAAAGGAGCUGGAGCAUGCCAGUGCAGAGAGGAUGAAAAUUGCAAACAAGAUCCGCAGGAGAGAGGCAAAGGCGCGGUUGGGUCAAGCCAUCAACGCCAAGCCCAUUGUCAUGGUAGAGGAAGGCACCUUGAAGGGCUGCCACAGGUGCUUUGGCAGACACAAGGCGCGCCCCUGCAUGUGUGUGCGUAAUGGGAGAGUGUGUGGGCUUUCAUUCUGCAACAGGUGCUUAUUCACACUCAAGGUCUCAAGGAAAACUGCAAAGAUCAGAUGCCCAAGGUGCACUGGAAUUUGCAACUGCAAUGCCUGCAUUGCUCGGCAACAGAAGCUUAAGAACCUCAAGGAGGUGUCCGAGUCUCUGGCCUCUGUUGUUGCCGAUUUGGGUGAAGGGCGGGGAGGGCAUGAUGCAAAGUCACACAGCCCUCCUCGUCCCAGGAAAAAGGCGAAGAUAGACACAGUGAAGAAAGAGAACGAGGGCGAAGUCAACGGCUGCACCAAUGUCACGCCAUCGUCUGAAGAGGCAAAGCCACUGGUGUUGACUAACCCUGAGCUGCAUGUGGGCGAAUGCUUCAACAAGACGAAGGUGUAUGACAAGGAUGGGAAUCAGAUCAGCAAGUCUUGUCACCAGUGCCAGUACCAGCACAUAUCCUACCAGUGCCGUUCUGGUGCAAGCAAGACGAGGCACGAUAUGGAGCCCUGCAAAGUUUCGAUUUGCAAUAGGUGCCGGAGAGCUUGGUACACGCAUAUGACAAUCGAAGACUGCAUGGAGGCCUGCCCACGCUGCAGGGGUUUCUGCAAUUGCAAGCAGUGCCUGAGGAAGGAAUCGCACAACAAGUGGACGCCCAAGUUCUCAGCCGCCCAGGAGAGGGAGUUUGCAAAGCACAUCAUUAGUUAUGUCGGCCUGCAUGUUAAGGAUGUCCUUGAUACGUUUGUCCAAGAGGCAGCUGAGGAUGGUGAUGUCCCAGAGCGUGUGAAGGGUUUGAAGCUUGAGGCAGAAGCAGCCUUGAGGCUGAACUGCAAUAUCUGCUCAACAUCCAUACCAGACUUCCACAGGACCUGCUCCGUGUGUGGCUACGAUCUCUGCAUCCAGUGCUGCAGAGAACAGCGCAUGCGCAACGAAAGCAGCCAAAAAGUCACCACCAUCUGCCCGAUAUGCUUGGAGCCUCUCAGGCUCCAACGCAUCCUUCGGACGCAUCCCCUGGACUUGAAGCUCCUGGAAAAGGCGGCAAGGACUGCGGAGAAGUUUGCGCAGCAGAACAGCACCAGGCCGUGUUGGUCGUGGCUCCAAAAUCCUCAGGGAAGGAAGUCGAGUGUCAGUUCCCCUCGAGCUGCAACUAACAGAGUGGCUGAGGCGAACGGCUUAAACACUGAUGCACCUUGGUGGGUAAACAUUCCUCCAACCAGCCUCCGAUUGGCUGCCUGGAAGGAGGGAGACCCACGCAACUACUUGUUCUGUCCCCAUGCGGACGAUCUAAACCUGGACUCCCCAAACCGGGCGGAAAAUGUGCGGAUCAUCCAGGGAUGUUUCCAGAGGGGUGAGCCAUUCAUAGUUCGUGGUUGCAAGGGCAAGAUGAACUGGACACCAGAGCUGAUGAACCGCGCCACCCGUGAGGUGGGUGUGCAGAGAAAGAAUAUCGAGGCCUGCAAAGAGGUGCAGGUCAUCGACUGCACCAAGGAUUGGGGGACCAUGCCAAUGUUGCAAAAUCAUUUCUUCUCUGCAUACACCCGAGGGCAUGAGGCAAGCUAUUGGAACGAUGGAAAGGAUCACAUGCUCAAAGUCAAGGAUUGGCCUCCGGAUGCUCAUUUCAGUGAAAAACUCGCCCGUCAUGACCAGGAUUUCAGGGAGAUGCUCCCAAUGCCAGAGUACACUGACCCCACAGAAGGUCCCCUGAACCUGAGAAAAUAUCUCCCUGACAGCUGCCUUCCUCCUGACUUGGGACCCAAGACAUACAUUGCUCUGGGCCGGCUGAAGGAGCACCCUGGCGAGGGUGACAGCGUGACCAAGCUGCACGUCGAUUUGUGCGAUGCAGUCAACAUCUUGUGCCAUGCCCAAUACAACGAUGUGGAUGGCAAGAGCGAGAAGGAGAAGAUCCAUGUCAGAAGCGGAAAUGAGCUAUGGGACCAUGAAACGUAUGGCUAUGCUGGUGCAGUCUGGGACAUCGUCCGCCGCGAGGACGUGCCACACCUCCGAGACUACCUGGACAAGAACAGGCACAAGUUUGUGCACCACGGCAAGCCUGUAUCUGAGCACGAGAAAGUACUUGAUGUGUUGCAGGAUCAGAUGUUCACUCUAACCCAUGCAGACCACGAUGCCCUGCGUGAACAGUAUGGCGUACACGUGUGGCACUUCGAGCAACAUGUGAACGAGGCAGUGUUCAUCCCUGUGCGGUGUCCCCACCAAGUGAGGAAUUUGAGGAGCUGCAUUAAGGUUGCAGUUGAUUUUCUGGCGCCUGAGUCCAUGGGAGAGUGUCUCACACUCGCCCAGGAGCUCAGAGCAGUUGCCAAGAUGCAGCCCAUCGAAGACCCAAGCGAGCGCCUUGGGGCUGACAAGUUGCAAGGCUGUGCCAUGAUGCUGUACGGGGCUUCUGAGGCUGUGAAGCGUUUGUGA